UUAUAAAACGUCAAAAAUUUGAUAAAUGGUCUUAAAGAAAUUAUUGGAAUUAUUUGGGAUAAGUGAUCGACAAGGAAUAUGUGUGGCUAUUGGAAUUUUCCCGUUUGGAAUGGUCGCAAUGUUCACAACAUGGGCUUCACCGUCACUAUCAAUCUUUCAUUCCUCAAACUCCCCAUUAGGAAGAUUCAUAACCGAAGAAGAAGGAGCUUGGGUCGUUUCAAGUUAUUUCCUGGGAAUAAUCCCGGCCGGUGUUUUCGGAGGAUUCCUAUUAAACCGAAUCGGUAGAAGAACCGUCCUUUUAUGCUGUUCAUUUUUAUUGUGCCCCCCGUGGAUUCUAAUCUCUUUCGCAAUAAACACCGAAGUGAUUUACGUCGCGCGAUUUUUAGCGGGAAUGGCAGGAUCUCUUUUAGUUUUUGCCGCGAUGAUUUAUUGCAACGAAAUAAUCCCUGAAGGACAAGGAAUGGAUCAAUUGGAAUCGUAUAUGGUCUCUUAUAAAAUGUUAGGAACUGCGUUUAUAUUAUUGACGAAUCCUUAUAUCUCGUAUCAAGUCCUCGCUGUGAUUUGCGCCAUCCAACCCAUCAUACUUUUUUGUUUAUUACUUCUUAUUCCGGAAUCGCCUUAUUUUUUAAUGUUAAAGGGAGAUAAAGAAGGCGCGUUAAGUGCCAUGAACAGCAUCGCAAGCGUGCAAACACUUUCAGGGUAUUUAUUGGUAUCUCCGAUUAAGAGGCUCCAAAAGAAGCUUAAUUAUAAUUUAACACACAAGAUUACAACGAUAGAUUUUUUAUUCGGCUCUAAAUUUAGGCAUCCUUUAAUCGUUGUUGCCGGGAUGAAAAUUCUGCAACAAUGUAGUGGUUGGACUGCAAUAAGCGGAUAUAUGCCCGAUAUCAUUAACUUAACCACAUCAAUGUUUCAUUGGAACGACUCAAGUUUGAUUUUUGGGGGCGUUUUAAUCCCUGCGACAAUAUCUGUUGGGUCAAUCAUAAACAUGUUCGGUCGCAAACCGGUGAUUGCAAUAUCAUCGAUAGCUGCAGGUGUAGCCUUAACAUUAGAAGGUUCCUACUUUUAUUUCCAAGAUAUUUCAAAAAUCGACACCUCACAAAUCGCUUGGCUCCCAACUGGAGGAAUCGCCGCCUUUUUAAUCUUCUACAACCUCGGAAUUGGUUCCGAAAUAAAUAUGGCAUGCUCGGAAUUGUUCCCACCCAACACUCGGAUCAUGAUGUUAGCAACCACAACCACUUUUGAGGGAAUAAUUGCGUUUAUAGUAACUAAAAUUUAUAAAUGGAUGAGUCGUUUGGUUGGGGUACAUGUUAUUAUGUGGUUUUUUGCGACUCAAUGUUUAUUGGGGGCCGUUUUCGCGGUCGUUUUUUUACCCGAAACGAAAGGAAAACGGAGCGUUACAGAAAUUAAGUCGUGUGUUUAUACAUCUGUUGAUAUUGAUGAAUAUAAUGAUACAUGGCCUAUUAUAUCAACUCAUAGUUUAGAAGUGGAAAAUUAAUUUAAUUAAAUUUGAAAAUGUAAAAAUUAUAAGACAUUAAGUGGUGCCAUCUUUUGAGCAAAGUGAAUU